GCUUUCCCCACAUUCAACAAACUGAGAAGAUCAAAGCAUCGGCUAGAGCUUUUCCAUUUGGUGUUUAAUCUCACAGCCACAGCCACAGCAAUUGCCUCUCUCUGAGUAUGCAUUACUUGCACUUCCCAUUCUUGGUUCAGGAGCUCCAAGGCAUUUCCAGGAAUCCUGGUGGUUUUCAAAUUGGUUUGGUGGGCCUUCUAUUCCUUAACAUGGCUUUAUCAGUUAGGCCACUUUUUAGGAGAUUAUUUACUGGACCAAAGGACAUUAUAGAUAGAAGCAAAGGACUGUCAACCUUGGAAACCCAGUUGGAUACACAGGUAGAUUUGUUUGAAGCUAACUCUCACUUGAAGCAGCUAAUUAAAACAGGUCAUAUAAAUGAUGCUCGUAGUUUGUUUGAUAAAAUGCUUCAUAGAGAUGAGAUCACAUGGACGACUAUGAUCUCUGGCUACAUAGGUGCAUCCAAUGCAACUGAAGCAUUGAUUUUGUUCUCACACAUGUGGACUGAUCCAAUGAUCCGAAUGGAUCCAUUCAUUCUUAGUGUUGCACUUAAGGCUUGUGGGCGCAUUUUGGAGUUGAAACCUGGGGAAUCAAUACAUGGGUACUCUGUUAAAUCUGGUUUUGUGAAUUCUGUCUUUGUAGGAAGUGCCCUUUUAGACAUGUAUACAAAAGCUGGCUGCAUUUCAUUAGGUUGUAAAGUCUUUGACGAGAUGCCAAUGAGAAAUGUGGUCUCUUGGACUGCUAUAAUUACUGGGCUUGUUAAUGCUGGUUAUAAUAAGGGCGGGCUGAUAUACUUCUCGAAAAUGUGGGGCUCAGAUGUUGAAUGUGACUCAUACACGUUUACAAUUGCAUUGAAAGCAUGUGCCAAUUCAGGGUUUUUGACUUACGGCAAGGCUAUCCACACAAAAACAAUGAAGGCAGGCUUUGAUGUAGGUUCGUUUGUAGCAAACACACUUGCUACCAUGUACAAUAAGUGUGGGAAAUUGGAAUAUGGGUUGCGCUUAUUUGAAAGGAUGAGGACCCGUGAUGUGGUUUCUUGGACGAGUAUUAUCGCCAGGUAUAUCCAGAUGGGUCAAGAUGAACAAGCUGUUCAAGCAUUCAUAAAGAUGAGACAAUCUGAAAUUCAACCUAAUGAAUUCACUUUUUCCGCAGUCAUUUCUGGCUGUGGUGCGCUUGCAAAAAUUGAGUGGGGUGAGCAAUUACAUGCCCAAGUUUUGCACCUUGGUCUUAUGAACUCCUUGUCAGUUGCUAAUGCCAUUAUGACCAUGUAUUCAAAAUGUGGAUGUUUAACUUCAGCUUCUAUAGUGUUUCAUGGGAUGCCUGGAAGAGAUGUAGUAUCAUGGAGUGCAAUAAUUGCAGCAUAUUCACAGGAAGGCCUUGGUGAAGAAGCUUUAGGGUUUUUCUCUUUGAUGAGGAGGGAGGGACUGAAACCUAAUGAAUUCACUCUUGCUAGCUUGUUGAGUGUUUGUGGAAACAUGGCAAUUCUUGAGCAAGGGAAGCAAGUACAUGGCCAUGUCCUCUCCAUUGGAAUAGAACAUGAUAUUAUGAUAAAUAGUGCCUUGAUCAAUAUGUAUUCGAAGUGUGGGAGCAUAGGAGAGGCUUCGCGAAUCUUUGAUGCAGCAGGAGGUGAAGAUGUUGUGUCAUGGACAGCUAUGAUUAAUGGCUAUGCUGAACAUGGGUACAGCAAGGAAGCUAUUGAUUUGUUUGAGAAGAUGUCUAAGGUUGGAUUGAAGCCAGAUUAUGUCACCUUCAUUGGUGUACUUGGUGCCUGUAGCCAUGCUGGUCUAGUUAAUCUUGGUUUCCAAUAUUUCAAUUCAAUGAGUAAGGAGUACAAUAUUAAUCCUGGGAAAGAACACUAUGGCUGCAUGAUUGAUCUCUUAUGUCGGGCUGGACGGCUAAGUGAUGCAGAACGCAUGAUAGAUAACAUGCCAUUUAGACAGGAUGAUGUUGUUUGGUCAACAUUGCUCAGAGCAUCUAUGGUCCAUGGUGAUGUAGAGUGUGGAAAACGAGCAGCAGAGCACAUUCUUGAGUUGUAUCCAAAUUGUGCAGGGACUCACAUCACACUCUCUAAUAUCUAUGCAGCCACGGGGAGGUGGAGGGAUGCUGCAGAUAUGAGGAAACUGAUGAAAUCAAAGGGAGUGAUAAAGGAGCCAGGAUGGUCUUGGAUAAAGGUCAAGGAACAAGUCUCUGCAUUUGUUGCUGGUGAUCGAUCACAUCCACAGGGUGAGGACAUUUACACCAUGUUGGAUUUACUGACUUCAAAGGCAGAACAUAUUGGUUGCUUUCAGGAAAUGGAUUUAUUAUUGUGAGAUCCUGGAGAUGAUGAGAAAUUUGAUCUGUCGGUUAUUAUUGCCGUGUUCUGAAUUAAGGUUGCAGUACUCUUUAUCCAACCUGUUGGAUGGAGAAAUGAAGAUUGUUUGUGGUGUAACAACUAUUAGACUACAUAAACAAGAUUGAAGAUGAAUUUGGAGUGCCUAGAUGUUGGAGUAUGUCAUCUCAAGCAAUUUGAUACUGAUCUUGGUCUCCAUGAGUAUGUGUUGUAGGACUUCUGCAGCACAUUGAGUUGUGCAUAAAGCAUUGGAAUGGUGGGUCGAUUAUUCCAUUCAUCUUUCUGUUGUGG